UAGAGCGUUCUUAGAAGCGUGGAUACAACGGUACAACAACGCUACAACGUUGUUUGGAUGCUUUUGUUAUUGUGUUGAUUCAGUGCUUUACAUGGGUCGUCGCAGCCGCUCACAUUCUCCCGUAAAGGGACGCAGUGAAAGACAGCGGAGAAGCCGUGAUAGGGAUAGACAAGAUCGACAUAGAUAUGAAAGAGACAGAGACAGGAAAUACAGCAGAGGCAGUGGAAGCAGAAGGAGUGCAAGCAAGGACCGACAUGUACGAGAGAGGGAGAGGGACAGAGGGCGUCAUGGAAGGAGAGAUAGCCCUAGUAGGGAGCAGAGGUACUCUCACAGGGGGAAAGCUGAGAGAUGGGGAAGGAACCGAGACCGUGACCAUAGCUCUGAUGAUGACCAUCAAAGCAGGGAGCACCACAGGGGUCGAGAUAGUGAUAGGGCCAGGGCUGAUGAUAAGAGCAGAGAGAGACACCGGAGAUAUCCAUCAGAUCAUGACAGGGAACAGAGAUUAAAGGACAGAAGUGUUGAUGAGGAUGAAGAUGGGAAUGAGAGCCACAGCAGGAGGAGAGCAAGUGACAGCAGUUCAGACAGAGAUGCAGAAAGGGUUCACAAAAAAGGAGAAAGACAUAAUUCAAGACUAAGUCACUCAGACAGGCGUCAAGAGAGAAGGGAAAGGAAAAGUUCAACAGAGGAAAGUGAUUCUGGUUCUGAAGAAGAACCUGAGGUAAGUUGUGUGAAGGUCAAGGUAGAACCAGACAGUGAUGACUCUUCCAAAAAUCAGAGCAAGAAACAGUUCCCAGGACAACAGAAGGAAAAAUUAAGAGACUCGCCAGUUGGUAGAGGAAGUGAAAGUGAGAAAAGAGAGGUAAUAGCUUCUAGAAAGGAGUCAGCUCCUGAGAUCAAAAUCAUCAAAAAAGAGAAAUCUGAUGACAGAGAUAGAAAUUCAGAACCCUUACAGAAGGAUUCGGACAGAGAUAUUAAGCAAAAAUUAGAUAAAGAAAAGCAUGAAGGAAGAAAGAAAAGAACAGAUUCUAAUGAAAAAGGUGCUGAAAGCAGUGAUAAAGAUGCACAUCUGGAUAAGGGACACACAAAGCUACAGGACAUUCCUAAAGAGUCACAUUCAGAGAAAGAAAGGAAAUCAAGGAGGAAGCAGAACUCUAGUUCAGAAUCAAGAUCUGAGGAUUCUGAAGAUGAGAACUCCGAGGAGGAAGAAAUUAAGAAAGGGAAGGAGAACAAUGAAAAGUCUGAUUCUGGAAGUGAUUCCCCUGUGCAUAAGAAAAAGGUUGAUAUUCGUGAAAAGCAUGUAGAAAGGAAAGGAAAGUCCUCGGAUGAUGACUUGCAUUCUCGUGAGCAACUACAGGAAAAAAGAGCUGAGGGAAGUAGAAUUGACAAGUCAGAUAAUGAAGCCAGAGCAAGAAAAGAGGUUCAAGAGAAAGGAAAUGAAGAACCACAACAGCAAGAAAGGUCAAGUAACGUAAAGAAUAAAGGUGAUGAAAGUAGUGAAGACAGUAGCAGCAGUGAAUCAGACCACAAGGAAAAACACAAGAAACGUUUGGAAAAGAAAGCUGGAAGAAUGUCAGAUGAUGAAAAGAGAACCAAGGAAAGAGUCGAAAAGAAAGACAGCAAGCAGUCUGAUUCAGAGAAAGAAAGUUCUGCCAAGGCCAGAAGAACCAGAAAAUCAGACACAGACUCUGAUUCAGAGGGAAGCUCUGAAGGUUCACAGAAAAAUGUAAGGAAACAGAGGAAAGUCAAGAAGAAAAAGCAUUCAGAGAAGAGAUCAAGAAAAAAAACAGGUUUCUCAUCUCAAUCAUCAUCCAGUGAUGAAUGUGACAAAGAAGUAAGAAAAUCUGCUUCUCCAAGCAUUUAUGACAGUAAUGACGAAACCACAGAACAAGAACUGUUAAGGAAGAAGAAACAGCUAGAAGAGCAGUUGAAGAUAGAGGAAGAAAUCAGAAUAAGAAGUGAGAAUUUAGAGAAGGAAAGGGAAGCAGCUCGGGCCAUGAAACAUAAAGCAAUGAAACAAAUGGAGAAUGACUCGGACAUUGAGGAAGACAGUCAGAAGAAGAAGAGCAAGAGUAAGAAUAAGAAGUCACGUUCACGUUCACGUUCACUUUCUCGUUCUCAGUCUGCCUCAAGUCAUGACCUAAAGGCAGAUGAUAAACGGGAAAGUAAAAGUAAGAAGAGCAGAUCAGGCAAACAAGCAAAACAUCAUAGUUCAGAUGAAGAUGGCAGUGAAAAUGACAGAAGUCGACAAUCAAGAGGCAGGGAAUCAGAGGAACCACAGAUUGGUGGGCGAUAUUGGGGAGGAGAACACAGUGCAGAAACAACCAGGCAGAUGAAGGCAAAGCAGACUAAAUCAAGUGAUACAUAUUGGAAUAAAUAUGCCGAUAAAUUAGGUAUUCAAAUUGAAAAUCCAAGAUAUAAGGAUCAUGGCUCAGAAAGAGGUAGAGAUAAGGAGAGUGGCAGGAGGAGGGAAGAAUGGAGUAGUAGCAGUGAUAGGAAACGGAGAGCUAACAGUGAAGAUGAUGAGAGACGGGACAGCAAAAAGAGAAAAGAUGUGAUGGAUGGUGACAACAGGGAGAACACCAGUGAUCCUCCAGCCAAACCUCUUAUCCAGAAACCUGUAGUAGAUCCUUUGACAUUAAAAACAGGUGGGGCCUACAUUCCUCCAGCCAAAUUGAAGAUGAUGCAAGCCCAAAUUACAGACAAGAGUACUGUCCUGUUCCAGCGAUUAGCCUGGGAAGCUUUGAAGAAGUCUAUCAAUGGUCUGGUUAACAAAGUGAAUGUAUCCAAUAUUGGUAUCAUUGUGAGAGAGCUUUUACAGGAAAAUAUUAUCAGAGGAAGGGGAAUAUUGUGCCGAGCCCUCAUGCAAGCUCAGUCUUUUUCUCCUACCUUCACACAUGUAUAUAGUGCAAUGGUUUCAAUUAUCAAUUCAAAAUUUCCCCAGAUUGGUGAAUUGUUAUUGAAACGACUUGUCAUUCAACUGCGUAGAGGUGUUAGGAGAAAUGACAAGAAUAUUUGUACGUCCUCUUGUAGGUUUAUUGCCCAUUUGAUAAACCAGCAAGUGGCUCAUGAAGUUGUUGCUCUUGAAAUUCUGACUCUGCUCUUAGAGAAAGCUAAAGACCUCAGUGAUGAAUCAGAAGUAGGUGAUAAAUCAAGAAAUAACUCCUGUGAACUUGCAAUAUUGUUUCUGACAGAAUGUGGCAUGAAGUUAAGUGAAGUCACACCAAGAGGGAUGAACAUUAUAUUUGAGACUCUAAGGCACAUUUUGCAUGAGGGAAAACUUGAGCAGCGUGUUACUUACAUGAUUGAGGUAAUUUUUGCAGUACGUAAAGAUGGCUUUAAAGAUCAUCCUUCAGUGCCAGAAGAGCUAGAUCUUGUUGAAGAAGAUGACCAGUAUACACACAUUGUGGAACUAGAUGGGAAGAUGGAAGGUGAAGACAUACUGAAUGUCUUUAAGCAUGAUCCAGAAUAUGAAGAAAAUGAGGAAAAGUAUAAAGAAAUCAGAACAGGCAUCUUGGGUGAUGGUAGCGAUGAUAGUAGCUCAGAAGGUGGAUCUGAUAGUGGUUCUGAUAGUGAUGACGAGGAAUCAGAUGAUGAAGAAGAAAAGGCAGAAGCACAGAUAAUUAUCGACCAGACAGAGACCAACAUGGUUGCAUUCCGUAGAACUGUGUACUUGACCAUACAGUCUUCACUGGAUGUAGAUGAAUGUGCUCACAAGCUUCUCAAAGGAGAGAUUAAGCCAGGUUGGGAAAGUGAACUUUGUAACAUGAUUUUGGAUUGCUGUGCUCAACAGCGAACCUACAUUAAGUUUUAUGGGCUUUUAGCACAGAGAUUUUGCUUGAUUAGUAAAGUGUACCAAGAACCUUUUCAGCAGAUAUUCAAAGAAGUAUAUGAUACAUGCCAUCGCCUGGAAACUGAGAAACUGCGGAACGUGGCCCGUCUCUUUGCUCACCUUCUGUUCUCCGAUGCCAUAUCAUGGGAAGUCCUCAACCAUGUUCAUCUUAAUGAGGAUGAAACAACAAGCUCCUCCAGGGUGUUUGUUAAGAUCCUAUUUCAGGAGCUAGCUGAGUUCAUGAGUCUGGCCAAAUUGAAUGAAAGACUACGAGAUCCAACUUUGGCAGCUGCUUUUGAGGGCCUGUUACCCAGAGAUAACCCACGUAACACUAGGUUUGCCAUCAACUUCUUUACAUCAUGUGGUCUUGGAGGCCUCACAGAUGACCUGCGCGAAUUUUUACGCACCCAGCCAAAGCCUACAGCUGUUGUAGCUCCAGUACAGCAGCAACUGGCAAAGAAUGAGGACAAUGACAGCAGUGACAGCAGCAGUAGUAGCAGCAGCAGCAGUAGUAGCAGUGAUAGCAGCAGCAGCAGUAGUAGUAGUAGCUCUGAAAGCAGCAGCUCUGAUAGUUCAGACUCUUCAUCUAGUGACUCAGAUGAUUCUUCAAAUUCAGAAGAGGAAAAGAAAAAGAAAAAGAAAAGUAAGAAUAAGAAGAAAGAUUCAAAGAAGAAGGGAAGCAGUUCAGAGAAGAAAAAGAGUAAAAAGAUAAAGAAAGGGGACAGACAAGAAUCUGGGGAAGGGAGCAAAAGGAAGCCAGAAAGUGAUGAUGAAACAUUUGCCAGGAGAAGGGAGAAUGAAUAUGAAGAGCAGAAGGAGCGGGACAGGACAGAAAGAUGGAAAAACAUCAAUGCAGAGGAUAGUAGGAGGAGGAGGAGACACGAUAGCAGCGAGAGUGAGGGGAGGCAGUCACCAAGCCAGAGAGAAGAGAGGAGAAGGACCCAUGUUCAUGACAGCACAGAGAGGAGACACAGGCCAAGAGAGGAUGACUAUGGUUCAGAGAGAGAGAGGAGACCAAGUACAGAGAACAGUAGGGGAGAUGGGAGGAGGCAGGGCAGAGAAGGCCAUGACAGAAGUGACCGAAAACGAGAAAAUGACUUGGAGAACAGGGACCGAGAUAGGCACAGCAGUGAGGACAGGCAUGAGAGGAAAAAAAGGAGAGAUGAAAGCAGUGACAAAGAGAAGAAGAAAAAACAUGAGAAGGAUGAGAGGGAGCACAAGAAGAGGAAGAAGGAGGAGGAUAGGGAAGAGAGAUGGACACAAAGAGAUAACAGGAGAGGAAGUGAUGGCGGUGAUCGCAGAGAGAGAAGCGGAUGGAGAGAAGAGGGAAGGGACAGGGACAGCUAUCGUUCUAGAGAAGGGGACCACAGAAAAGACCACCAUUCUGAAAGUAGUGAUGGGAAACGGGGGCGGGAGAAGAACAGAUAUCAUUGAGACUGUCCACUCUUUAUCUAAAGCUAAUAUAAAGGGCAUGGUCAUUCAUUCAUGCCUUCCUUUUUUGGAAUCUUUUUUUACUUCUUUUAAUUGUUCUUUUUUUCUUUCUGCCGUUAUUUUUCUGUACUCGUCUUUGUAAUGUUUUGUAUGUUUUAUGUAAAUGUUUGAAUUUUCUUCCAAAAACUGCCUUUUUCAGUAAACAUAGUAAUUAAGUAAAUCAAUACAUACAUGUUGUGAUUGAAAUUAUGUGAGAUGUAUUUUUUCUAUCAAUUUCUACAAAUUUUAAGUAUUAUUUAUGUCCAUGUAAUAAAUACUUGAUUUGUUAUAGAUUUUUUUAUAUGUAUAUUGUAGUUUUAAAAAUAAUUUUAUUAAGUGUAUUAACCCUAUGUAUAUUAUUAUUAUUAAAAGUUAUUCAUGUUUGAUACCUUGAGAAAUA